AUGCUCUGCUCCCCUACUGGGCAGCCCUGGGCUGCCGCCCCAGCUCCCAUCCCGCAGCCCCCUGCUAGCCGGGCCUUGCCUGAGGUGGUGCGGCCGGUGGGCCCCGCCCCCCAGCCCUUCGCCUGGCCCCUGGCGGAGCUGGUGCAGGCCACGGGCGGCUUUGCGGAGCGGUACAAGGUGGGCGAAGGCGGCUUCGGGUGCGUGUACCGGGCCCGGCUGCGCAACACCGACUACGCUAUCAAGCGUCUCAAGGAGAAAGCAGAGCUGGACUGGAGCAGCAUCCGGAGCAGCUUCCUCACAGAGGUGGAAAAACUGUCCCGGUGAGGGGGGCUGGAGGUCAGGAG